AUGACCUUGGGCGGCUGCUGCUGCGAGAUCAUGUCUGCCGAGCGGUCCCCGGCGGCGCUGUCCGAACCCGAAGGGGACAUCGAUGUGGUGGGAGGGGGCGGCGGGGCCGGGGGAGACCCCCUGCUCAGCGCCGCCGCCCCCCGGGACGGCCGCGGACUCCCCUCCGACGACGACGACGACGACGACGAGGAGGACGAAGAGGAGGAGGAGGACGACGACGACGAGGAGGCGGGGGCCUCCUCUGACGGCGAGUCCCGGCUGCGGCCGGUCCCGGGCCCCCCCAAAGCGUCCGGGCCGGGCGGGGACCCCCCGGAGCCGCCCCUUCCCCCCGCCGGGGGUCCCGGCGAGAAGCAGGCGCCCCCGGCCCCCCCGGCGGGCAAGAACCCGCUGGUGAAGCCCCCCUACUCCUACAUCGCCCUGAUCACCAUGGCCAUCCUGCAGAGCCCCAAGAAGCGGCUGACCCUCAGCGAGAUCUGCGAGUUCAUCAGCGGCCGCUUCCCCUACUACCGGGAGAAGUUCCCCGCCUGGCAGAACAGCAUCCGCCACAACCUGUCGCUCAACGACUGCUUCGUCAAGAUCCCCCGCGAGCCGGGCAACCCGGGCAAGGGCAACUACUGGACGCUGGACCCCGAGUCGGCCGACAUGUUCGACAACGGCAGCUUCCUGCGCCGUCGGAAGCGCUUCAAGAGGCAGCCGCCGCCCCCGCAUUCUCCGCACACGGCGCCCCACCCGCUCCACCACCACCACCACCACCACCACCCGCUGCCCAGCGUCCACCCCGGGCCGCCCUCGGACCUGCUGAUCCGGCCCGGGGACCCCCUGGCCGCCGCCUUCCUGCCCGGCUUCACCGCCUACGGGCCCUACGGCUACGGCUACGGGCUGGCCCUGCCGGGCUACCAGUCGCCCCCCACGCCUCACCACCACCACCACCAUCACCACCACCACCACCACCCGGCCGCCGUCCCCUACCCCAGGAAGCCCCUCUACCCGGCCCAGCUGAGCCCCCCGACGGCCGGACCCGCGGCCCCCGCCCUGCUGCAGACCCUCAAGCCCGACGGCGGGGGCGACGGGGCGGGGGGCUCGUCCGGCUCGUCCUUCUCCAUAGACCGGAUAAUCGGGGGCGGGGGCGGCACCCCCGGGGCCUCGGCCCAGGUGGUGGCCGUAUUGACUGCCCCCGUAGCCGGCCACGGAAACUUGACCCCCAGGGAGACCCUCCUGCCGUCGGGCCCCGGCUUCGUCAGUAAAAUCACAAACCCUAGCACCUGUCCUUACUGA